AUGAACCAAUUAGUGAAGUUAGCAGCAUCAAAGCAACCAGCUACCCAUGCAUUAAUCUUUUUACAUGGGUUAGGUGAUUCUGGUAGUGGAUGGUCUUUCCUGGGACAACAGUUACAAUCCAUGGAUCCAAAGGCUUUCCAAUCUACCACAUUUCUGUUUCCUACAGCCUCCAUUGUGAAUAUUACAGCUAACGGAGGUUAUCCAAUGAAUGCAUGGUUUGAUAUAAUGGAAUGGGAUCCACAAAUGAAACAAUUUGAUAAUGAAGGAUAUUUAAAGACAUUGAAUGGGGUCGUAAAACAAUAUAUUAAACAGGUUAUGGACGAAGGUAUUCCUUCAGAGAACAUUAUCCUUGGGGGGUUCUCUCAAGGUGCUGCUAUCACAUUGGGUUCUGCAAUAAAUUUAGAAUGGAAACUUGGGGGGUUUAUCUCUUUAUCUGGCUUCAUAUCAUGUAAUAAAGAUAUAUUUAAAAACAAAGAGGCUGAUAGAUUGGUUAAUAAUGAGACGCCUAUAUUUCAUGGACAUGGGGAAUUAGACCCGAUAGUGGCAUUAUCCCUAGGGAAGCGAUCAGUGGAUUGGAUGGUGGGUGUUUAUGGAUUCCAAAGGGCAGAAUUUCAUUCUUAUCAAGGUUUGCAACAUUCUGCAAAUGAGCAAGAAUUGUAUGAAUUAUAUCAAUUCAUAAAGAAAUGUUGGAACUUUUGA